GUGGCUGCUUAGCUAUUUGGACUGGAGUGGACUGGAUAAGACAGUUCCUCGUUGAAGAUUAUCAGGAAAACGCUCUGUUCAGUAGUUAUGCGUGCAGUUCUGCGUCCAUACUGCACGAUUCAGCCGUUAUUCACAUCGCUUUAGAUUUGCUCGGUGCAGUGUUUUCCCAUCCCCUGACUGUAACUUCUCAGAUACUGUGACAGCUGUGAAUUCCCUGUGAUAUCAGCCAGUAACAUGUCCAUGUUCAGCACGGGCAUCCUUGUGCUGACGUCUCCUCUACACACUCUCCCCCUGCGCAUCGCUCCAGUGCUCAGCUCAGCCGCUCAGCUUGUAGAGCGCACACUGUACGUCCACCUCCACCCCGGGCUGAACCUGGGAAGUGGGAGCCAGCCUCGACCAGUUUUCAUCCCACCAGUAGUGGACCUGUCGACGCUCAUCACCCGCCUUUACAGCAAUGCAGCGGAUAUAUGCGGGCACCUGGAUAUUCGGGUUUUGUUGACCAAUGUUCGCACUCAGUCAGCUGCUGGCAGUGGGGCCACGAUACCAAACUGCCCCUUCCCCACUCCACAGCCUCUGUCUCACUCCCCGGAGGUGGUACUAACAGACUUUCCUCUACAGGACCCAGGUCAGUCCCAUCAGGUCACCCAGUGUCUGCAGAAGUACACCGGCCACUGCUACGUCUGUAGCCCCAGCCUGCCAUCAGUGCUGCUUCACCCACAGCUAAUGAGGCUGCAGGAGAAGGAGGAAGGGCUGCAAGAGCCUGAAGAAAAGGAAGAACCUUUGGAAACUUACAGUCAUGUGGUGGUAGGGGGGACGUUCGACCGACUCCAUGGGGCCCACAAGACGCUGCUCAACAUCUCAUGUUUGUUAGCCAAUAGAAGGUUCCUUAUUGGCGUGUGUGACCAAGCGAUGCUAAAAAAAAAAGUGCUAAAGGAGCUGAUCGAGCCCUACUCCCUGCGGGUCCAGACUCUGCGCGAGUUCCUGCAAGAUAUCAAACCGUCACUACAGGUGGAGAUCGUGCCCCUUGACGACCCCUUUGGAGUGUCUGUGGUUGACCCCCUGCUGCAGUGCAUUGUGGUUAGCGAGGAGACCAGAAAGGGAGGGGAGGCUGUGAACAAGAAGCGCAUUGAGAAUGGCCUUCCAGUUCUUGUUCUUCAUGAGAUCCAGUUGCUUAAAGACGCCCACCACACUGAGACAGAGGAAGAGAAGAUCAGCUCCUCUAGUCUUCGCUCUCGACUCCUUGGCACCCUCCUUACCCCGGCUAAAGACACAUCUCAUCUCCCUCCCGUUCCAUACGUGAUUGGCCUGACAGGAGGCAGCGGCAGCGGAAAGAGCUCCAUUGCCAAGCAGCUGGAGGCUUUGGGAGCAGUCCGGAUUGACUGUGACAAGCUGGGCCAUGAGGUGUAUCAGCCGGGCACAGCCGCCUAUCACAGAGUGGUUGAAGAAUUUGGGUCAGAUAUUCUGAAUGAAGACAAUACUAUAAACAGACGAGCAUUAGGAAAGAAAGUUUUUGGAGACCAGGAGAGGUUAAAAGCCCUAACAAAUAUUGUAUGGCCUGAGAUCGCACUUCUGGUGAAGAACACAAUCAGGCAAUCCGGAGAGGAAGGUAAACAGGUUUGCGUGGUGGAUGCAGCAGUUCUCCUGGAGGCCGGCUGGACAGACAUGGUCCAUGAGGUCUGGGUCACCGUCAUCCCAGAGGACGAGGCGGUGUCAAGGAUAACGGAGAGAGACGGUGUGAGCACAGAUGAUGCCCUGCGCAGGCUGCACAGCCAGUGGUCAAACACUAAGCAAGUAGAGCACGCCAACGUAGUGCUCAGCACGCUGUGGGAACCAGAGGUCACUCGGAAACAGGUAUUGAAAGCUUGGAAUCUUCUUCAGAAGAGAAUCCAACAGAGGCAAGACACACAGUAGGAACAUGUGUGGGUCACUAUAUCAUCUUAGUUGUGAUCCAUACAUGCAAAAGCAUGUGUCAAGCACCAGGGACAUGUGUACACAAACAACUGAUCCACACAAGAAAUUGCUGCCUUAGAAAGAAGUGAGUGUGGCCAUUGUGCCUUCACAGCAAGCCCAACAUGCUCCCUCACAUCUUUGACCAAGACUCAGUGCCUAAUUGACUUUCCACAGGUUUUUAACUGUAGUUUUUAUUUUAAGGAUGUUCAGAUGAAAGAUGGAUGAAUGAGGAAAAGCAAAACUAAUCCCGUACACAGGACGAUUUUGCUAUUUGGGAUUAAUUAUCUAAAGUGUUAUCUUGUCCUAUGAAUUGUAGGUCUGUUUUCAUCCAAAGUUGUUUUUUGUUUUUUUUUCAUAAAUGUCACACAUUUAGUACUAAAUAAUUCAAGACCAAACUUCUGCAAAUCCAAUAUUUUAGUUACCUUGUCAGCUGAUGACACCUUACAAGUUCUGUCCUCUUUUCAUGGAUUGUAAGGAUAAUUACUAUGAAUGUAGUUUAGAAAAGGAACUAAUGUUAAGGGAAAGGUAGAAUUAAAUGGUAUGUUUAUCCUUGUGGUUUCAUGGUUUUGGAGAAUUUAUAAAUUAACAAAGUACAUUGUAUUGUAGAAAUAUGUGCAAAAGAUUGACAGUACUAUAAAAAAAAAUCCUAGUGCAGCUGCCACAUUGAAUGCGGGUAAAUAAAAACACUGGGCACUAAAAGAGAUCAUGAAACUGAAAGGACCGGUACAUUGACAAUUAAAGAUAAGCACCUAAAAUACAGUAAAUUGAUUUUAGUCAUUUGGAUAGAUUAUGGAAAACCCCAUACUGUAGUAAGCUAGUGAAUGUGGCCAGUAGACAAAAUAGAUGGUGAUGGGCAUUGAAAUUAAAGCAGUCAUGUAUAAAUGAAAUGUGAUGGAAGUUUUUAAAUUGUAAUCCAUGAAAAUGUACUGCCUACCUUGUGAUUCGCCAGUUGUCACAUGAUCAGCCUCCUACAUGAGCUCUCCAUAAUAUCUGAAUAGUAAGCCAAUGUGUUUGGCUUAUGGAAGAUUCAGUGUUGUCAUAACCCACAAUAAAAUUAUAAAUUACCCUUUACAUAACAAGAAAAAUGUUUUUUGCAGUCAUAUCUUCAAUAUUAAAUACAUGUCCAAUUAAGUGUCAGUUGGUCUUACAGUUGUUACAGUGAGAAAUUUCAAGUGUCUUUAAUUUAAUUGUCUUGCAUGUAACCUGCAAACUCAGUGGAAUGCUUUAUGGAUUGGUACAGAACAAUAAACAAGAUAUUUUCAAA